GUCGACUUACACAUCCCUAAUACCAGUGUAAACAUUAAUAAUUUUCACUCCAACAAAACUAAUGCCGCGAUUAACAAAAAUCUAGUUCAGUUAGUGGGAUUCUAAUUAGUUUUGUUUGUUGGAAUUGUUCUUCGAGCUUCUGAAGUGUUAGGAAAAAACUUGGCAUCUACGAACGGCAGAAAAGGAAUAGCUAAGCAAAUUGUAUACCCCUGCAAAUUAAUUGGUAUGAGUGCGUGUGUUGGUGUUGGUUGGUGAGUGUGGAAGCAGGCAAAAUUCUUUCAAAAAAAAGUUGCAAAGGAAUUUAUGAGGGAAAAAACACGAAAUAUAUUUUGACGUGAACAUCAGUGGCGAAUUUACAGCAAGCCUAGCGGUAAGCAGCAGCAAGCAAAGCUUAAUAAGUGGAUGGUGGAAGUAAAAGAAGUCUGAAGCGUUAGAAAAUUAGAAAAGCAACAAUAACAACAACAAAUUGAAACGCAAUUUUUGUUUUUGUGUGUCGCAACAAACAUUAGUGCUUCUUCAAAUCGAACAACAAACAAGGGGCGCGCCCCAUUUCUGAAUUUGAAAGCACAAAAAGAGAGGAAGAUACUGACCGACCGACCGACCAAUUGCUAGGCCGUCGCCACCGUGUUCACUAGUGUAUUAGUAAAGAGUGUUGGCUGGCUGAAUCAUUGCGAUUCAUUUGCCUUCUGCUGGAUAUUCUGUUUAGCUGGCUGCCGUUGUGUGUGUCUGUUUCAUUUGGUCUCCUCCAUUCAUCUGGUUUGGUUUACGGUUUUAAUUUGUUCUCCAACCAACAAAGAGUGCUAAUAUUUAAUCUUCAGUUUGAUUCUGUUCGGAGUGUGGAAAAAUGGCUGAAAUGGAUGCAAAAAUGAAAUUAAAGCGUUACUGCUAUUUGGGUGGCUUCGAACCGGUCUAUGUUUACUUGAGAGGGUCAUUGUCAGUGGAAAGAUAUUGGCCCUUAGUUUCCGAUUUAUUGAAGGGCUUAGAUGAUAGCGUUAUGCUACCAUUUUUCAAGGACAUCUUAAACGAUCGCACACUCAUACGACGAGAUGAGGUCAUUUUCCUAUACGCCUCAUAUUUGGCAGCCGAUAUUGACAUCAAAUGGAAAACAGCUUUGCGCAUUGCCUUUCCCGUUCUCUUACGCACCGAUGAUGAUCUCUUCUUAUUCAGCAAAUAUGCAUUGCACAUUGCAAAGCUACAAAAUCACAAAGGGUUUUCAAGAACCGCGCGUAAAGCCAUAACAUCAUGGUACGAAAUGCGUACACCUGAGGCUAUACGAACAAUGUGGAUGGCUCAUCGUGGUUUACAUGGAUUCACACAUAAAGCUCUGAUUAAAUUGUGCCACAUAUCAGAUGGCACCAUUGGAUCUCCCGAGGUGUCAACAUUAUUCUUCAAAACCUGUACGGAACUAAUAAAUGAAUCUGAAAAACAAUCAGAAGCGGCUACCACAAAUGGCGAAACACCGAAAGAAGAGGAAACUAAAGAGACGUCACCAGUAUUAACCACUGAUUCCAAUGCUAAUGAAACUAAAGUGAAUGAUUUAAAUGUCCAAUCGAAUUCUGCUCCCAAACCACCGGCAUCAGCUUCAGACUUGAGUAUGGCCGUUUCGAAGUUACGCGUUACCAAAAAGAAUCACGAUGCGUUGAAAAUUAUUCGUAAAUACAAACUGCCCUACCAUCAAGUUCCUGGGCACUUUUUGGGUUAUGCCCCAAUAAUGGCUCAGCUAUUGCCCAGCAUGCCAUAUCUUCAAGUGCUAAAAUGCUGGCGACGUAUGGCCAAGAAUAAGCAUUUUGAAAAUCAACGUAUUUUCAAGUUGUGUAAAUCACGCCUAGAAAAUAAAGAGCUGGCACGCAAGACCAACAUUCAUCCGGUACAGAUUCUUAUUAAUAUGCACGAUAUUGGUAUAGUUAGCGGUGAUCUAACUAAAUUGCCCAAUAAAAAAGUGGAAGCAUAUAAAAUGCAAUAUUUGGAUCAAUUGUACCGAGACUCAUUCCAAUGGCAAGCUGGUUGCGGCAAACUACGCAUGCAUAUUACACUGAAUUUGCAAAGCAAUUACAAGAAAAAAUUCUUAAAGAACCAUCGCAAGUUGACCUACUAUGAUGCUUGUUUAGCCCUUGCCUUUGGCUAUUCGAAACGUGAGGCUUUGGUGGAUGUUUUCCAUUGGUAUGAGGAUAAAAUGAAAUUGAAAAAGAUUGUUUACGAAAAGGACUACACAACCCAUUUGGGUUUUACUGCAUACGAUGUGGUUGAGAAUCAAAAGAACAAUCAACGUUUAGUCACCCCAAUUUUGAAUGCUCUAUCAAGCCAGCAAGUUUAUGAUGUAUUUUUGUGUAUUGUUCCAACGGCUGGCCGUGGCAAUCCAAAUAAAAAUUCGGAAUUUUUAUGCAAAUUUUUGGAUAAAUAUCGUCAAACGAAAAAUUCAAAAGCAAAGUUCAUCAUAUUGGACUUGUUGAGAUUCAAACCAUCCAUGGCAUAUUCCGAAACGCGUAAUGAAAACAUUUUGGAAAUUUGUGGUUUAGAUGAGCAUACACCAGAUCUAAUACAUAAUUUCGCUACCCAUCGUUUUGAGUAAGACGAGAGUGUGUUAAUGAAGGAAACAAAGGUAUUUAAAACGAUAAAAUCGAAUAUUUAGAUGUAAGAAUAAUUUCAGCAUUGCAAAUGAGAAACAUUUUAAACAAUGGACAAUUUUAAUAUUCAUAUAAUUAAUUCUCUUAUAUAUAAAAUAUGUACUCGUAUUAUGGUAUUAUGUUUUUUUCUUCUAAAGUUUUUUUUAUUAUUAAAGCUACAAGAUAAUAUUUAACACAUAAAUAUUGAAAACAUAGAAGAAAAAAAAACUUGAAAAACUUGCUUUAAUGAGAAUUGAAAUAAGAAUUUAUUUUUUCUUUAUUCUAUAUAAGAAUUAAUUUAAGUUUUUUAUCUCUGAUUUUGCUUUAAGUUUUUUUCCAAACAUAAAUGAAUUUACUUCAUUGAUUUUUAACACACAUACCUACACAUUAAUACUCCAUACCGUUAAUAAGUACCUUUUUUGUUUUAAAAGAAUCUCAAACAACCAUUUCGAAAUAAAUUGUUUUUGUUAAAGAAAUUAAAUAAUAGUAAUAAAAAUCGAAAUCAUAUUCUAUAUAUUUUUUUAAACCAUAUGGAUGCUAAAGAAACUAUGCCUUAUGAAAAAAAAAAAAAACAAAUACGUACAGUACCGAAAAAACAAAACAAACAAAAAAUAUAAUAAAAAACAAAUUUUCGAAACUGAUGAAAUGAAACAAAAGAAAAAACACAAAUUACCGAUAUUAACCAGAACACCGCCAAUAAACAGAAUCCUGCAAAACAAACUGACAAAAAAAUGCAUAUAGGUAUAACUCAUUAUUCUUUGUUCAAAACAAAAUUUUAUUGACAAACAGCAGAUGAAUCACAGUUUGAAGUAUUAUUAUUAUUAUUAUCGACAGUAAUAGAAAAUUAAUUAAUUAUUAAUUUUGUUCUAAACAAAAGUAAAACAAAGUGAAAACACGUUUCUAAAACAACAUUCGUAACAAUACAUAACAUAAAUUUAAGUUAAGUAAAAAAAUGUUAAACUAAAUUAUUAAUAAUAAAAGAACAAACAAACAAAUCUUCCACAUAUAUACAAUAUAUACAUACUAUAUCUUUUGGUCUGGACUGGAAACAAAAACGAAAAUCAACAACAACAAUUUUCUAGAAUUUUUUCCCGCACCCCUACGUAUAUUUGGAAUUAAUAUAAAUAAAGUUUUGUUUUUUUUAUGAAAUAAGAUUAUAUAUCUUCUCCGGUAUAAUGUGUGUAAUAAAAACGCUAGAGGUCUUUUAACUGGGCCACAUCCUAAAUUUACAAAAAUUAUCGAAAUAAAAUUUGACAACAUUUUCAGACCACAUGCGUAAAAAUACUUAGACAAUAUUUUGAAAAAAAGAGGAAACUUAUCCCAGACUCCCCAGACAAUAUUUUGAAAAAGAAGAGGACAUUAAUAAAGAGUGGUUUGGAGAAGAUGAAUUUGAAGCGUGAAAACGUGACCCAGACAUUAUCCGCUAGGCCCGAUAUACCGUCCAUGAAAUGUUUUUGAAGAAUUUAACUGGAAAAUUCAUCGUUUAUAUAAAACACAUAUAAAAAUGGAUCUAAUGAUCGCCCAGAAGUCUGUCUUAUGUCUGACAGUAUAGCAUCCUACUAAAAAUGUGUCUCCUUUCAUACACUCCAAGAUAUACAUACACUAUAGGGGGAUAUGAGUCAUUCCGCCAUGUGUAAUACCUUGAAAUGUCCAUUUUAGUCCCUACAAAGUAUUUGGUAUUGAAAAUGGGACAUAUUGGCUCCAUCCUUUGAAGACAGUUUCCAAUAAGUUAAGGUCAGGUUCAUGUUAAGCUGAUGUUCAGUCAGCCAGUAGGUCACCGAGUGGAGUGGUUGUGUUUUAGGCAACAACGCAUCCUUUAACCUAACCUAACCUAAGCUGAUGUUAUCAUAUGAGCAAAUAUGAGCGUUGCAAAAUGCUAGGAUGACACAAUAGUGAAUUCUGCCGAAUCCCUAAUUCGCAAUACCCAAAGGGUUUGAUUAAAGCUUUUACUGCUUCUGCGAUGAGAUAGAGAAACGCUAAGACUUCAGACCUAGAAACCGGAUGAUUGUAUUUGGUUAAAUUUGUAUAUUUGUUGUAGUCAAUCGUCAUUUUAUAAAAUAUUUAUGUCUUCCGUUUUAAUGUUGAGUUUAUGUGGCUAAAGCCAAUUUCGGAACAGACCCGAGACUCACAGCGCUUUUCAACGUCUGAAAUUGUCCUUAAUUCUUUAGGUUCUCUAGACAAAGUACCGCAUUUAGAGAUGCCAGACGUGUGUUUCUGCCAGUUUCCAGUUUUUAGAAUUUACACACACUAUUUACCAUGGCUAAAUUUAAUGUAGCAGGCCAGGCCAUACUACCUAAACAGACAUCCAUAGGAGCUAUCCAACGAUUGUAUUUUCAGCGGACUUAAACACUAUGGACUUUUUCCUGGACUUUUCUUCGUGUUCAUCUUCCAUGGUAUUUAGCGAUCAAGUACUACCAUCAAUGUACACAACUUCCGCAAAGAGCAUUCUUCCACCGUUGCAAAUACUAGGAUGCCACACAAGUAAAUUCUGUCAAAUCCGUAAUUGGAUAUUACAGCCUAUGACAGAAAAUUGUCUGUGCAGAUCCACGUCUUCGUAUAGCCCCCAUAGAACGGUACCUCACGAUAUUCGGUAUUUUGAUGAUUUUAGCGACAGUAUUCACCGGAAUUGUUUUAAAUUUGGUAUUUGAAAUUCUGUAUAUUGAUGCUAUAGCCUAUAACAGAAAAUUGUCCGUGUAUGUCCACUUCCCGAUAUUUGGUAUUUUGAUGAUUUUAGCUACAUUAAUUACUGGAAUUGUUUCAAGUUUGGAAUUUGAAUUUCAUAAUGUAUGCUACAGCCUAUGACAGAAAAUUGUCCGUGCAGGUCCACGCUUUGGUAUAGCCCCCAUAUAACGGUAUGUCCUUAUAUUCGAUAUGUUGAUGAUUUUAGCGACAUUACUCACCGGAAUUGUUUCAAAUUUUCUAAUUGAAGUUCGUAAUAUAUACUACAGACCAAGACAGACAAUUGUCUAUGAAGGUCCAGGUCUUCGUAUAGCCCCCAUAGCCUUUUGUAUUUGGGUAUUCAAAGUUUUUUUACUUUUGGCCCUGUCUUAGAAUAAUGACUCUAGUGUUGCACACAUUUCUCUUAACUACGAAAUUGAACAUUACACGCAUACCUGCAUACGUAAUAGAAAUACCCCAUUCAAUACAAUUCUGGAUAUAAUAUGACACAUAAAGAAAAAUUGAAAUAACUAAAAUCAAGCAAACACAGCAUUUCAAUAACAAAAUUCAAAACUGCCUAUCGAAAUGAAAAUCAUAGAAUAACCACAACAACAACAACAAAAGAAUAUUACUUGAAAUCUCAUACAGACUAAAUUAUAAAGAAACAAAUAAACGAAAAGCAAUAUUAACAAACAAAACUAAUAUCUGGGACAAAACUAAUUUAACUAGAGAAACAAACGAAAAAAAAAACCAAACAUAUUUCAAAGAAAAACAGUUACAGACUAACGACGACAACAACAAUACAAUAAACUAACAAAAUGUUUUAGCCAAAUUAAAAAAGACAGAAACUAACACAAAAUCCAUUCAAGGAAACAUAGUUUUUACUAACAACAAAAAUAAACGAUCAUCUUAACUGCCUUUCUAAAUAAAUUAAAAAUAGUUGAAAAUAUUUAGUUAUUUUCUGUUUUGGCUUUUGGAAUAGAAAAUUUAACUGUGCCAUUGCUAAUUUUUGUGUUGUUACAUUUUAAUAAUUUAGUUACAGCAAUUAACAAAAAAACGUUGGCACUAAAAUUAAUGCGAACAACAACUAAAAGCCUUUAACGAAAAACAAAAGUUCAAGACAACGAUUUUUCAAAUAUUUCGUAUAGAAAUGGGUUUUAAUUGAAAAGUUCAUUUUGUACAGUUGUUUUAAAUUAUAAAAAAUAAAUUUAAAACAUGUAUUGCCCGGGUUCCAGUUUCUUUUUUUCGGAUUUAUGGCAAAUUUUGAGUGUCCUACUGUAAAGCCGGAUUUAGUACCCUGGAUAAGCCAUAUGGCUAGAGAGGGUAUAUAUCAUUUGAAACAGCCAAAACGUGUCCCAUCGAAGUAACGGUUUUAGACCCUGUGCCUCUUUGGACCAAAUCCGUCUCAGGAUAUUUGGAGUUGAUCUAGCGAUGUCCGUCCGUCCUUCUGUCUGGCUUGCUGGUGCGUACGAUAAUUCUCGAAGAAAGUAUCCGAUUUGAUAGAAACUUGGUUCAUCAUAAUAUUAUUGUCAAACUUAGAUCGAGUUCGGAUAUGGGCAAUAUUGGUCCACUCCUUCUGGUACCUCCCACACAAAGAACUGCACAGAAAGAGAUAAUGCGAUUUUGCUCCAACUUUGCAUCUAAUAUUUGCAUCAGUGCUUGAUCGGACUCGAAAAUAGACAAUAUCCAUCAAAUACCUCCCUCACAAAGGGUCAACAUUUUGAAUAAUUAUAGCUCCUUAAAAUGUAAUGUAAUAGUCUGAUUUUCUUCAAAUUCACACACAUCACAAUAUUUUUAUAAAGCCAAGGUCUGGUCUGAAGUUAGAAUAUAUCGGCCCACUCCUUCUGAUACCUCCCCCACAAUGGGUCAACAUUUUGAAUAUUCAUGAAGCUAUAAAAACACGAAAUUAACAUCCGAUUCCAUUCAGACUUGGUACUUCUCAAUGUUUCUAUCAACACAAGAUCUGUUAUACAGAUGGUACAGAUCCGACCAUUUCUUCUGGUACCUCCCCCAGAAAGGGUCAAAGAAACGAUCAUAGAAUCCGAAAAAAGAAUCCGGUUGUCUUCAAAUUACACUCAUCACAAUAUUUUUAUUAACCCAAAGUCUGAAGUGAAAUUGCGAUAUGUCGGUCAAUUCCUUCUGAUACCUCCUCCACAAACGGUCAACAUUUUCUGUAUUCACGAAGUUCAUAAAACACGAAAUUAACAUUGGAUUCCAUUCAGACUUGGUAUUUCUCAAUAUUUCUAUCAACACAAGAUCUGUUAUAAAGAUGGUACAGAUCGGGCCAUUUCUUGUGGUACCUCCCCCACAUAGGGUUCAUGAUUUUUAAAAAACAAAUUUCACAAAUCCAAAUAUUUUUGCUAACACAAGAUCUGUUGAGAAGAUGAUAUAUAUCUGUCAAUCUCUUCUGGUACCUCACCAACAGAAGUUCUACGCUUAUGAAGGUUUCUAAGGUUUUUGUAACACCAAGAACUUUGCAGAACAUAGAAAUACAUUUGCGGUAAACGCAUUGAAUUACCGGUAAAGAAAUGUUGACUUGGUGCCGGUGACAUGACAAUUAUUACCAUUUCGUGUUAUGUAAUGAUGUUGUCCAAUCAAAGAAUCCUUAUCUUGAACGUCCUAUUAGUAGUUUUUUUUCCUUUUUUCCCAAAAUAUUCUAAAACUACAAAAAUCUUAAAAUAGAAAACAAAAAUUUGAUAUAAAAUAGAAUUAAAUUCAAAAUUUCAACCAAAUCUGUGAGUGAAAAUAAAUUGUGAUCCAAAAAUUUAAAACAAAAAAAUACUAAAUUCAAUUUAAUAAUAGUAAAAAAAUUAAAAAAUACUUAUAUUUUACAAAUUAAGUUUAAUUGGUCGAAAUUAAUGACAACAAAUGAAUUUGAAUAGAACAAUUUAAUUUGAUAUUUUAAUUUUUAAUAAAAAAAAGAAAUAUAUCAGUUGUUGCAACUCACCCAUUCAACAAAACACUGAACAUAAAUAAAUACACAAACAUAUAAAUUAAACAAAAUUCCAUAGAGUUAAUAAAAGAAAUUGUUUUAUUUAUUAAAAAAAUGUAUAAUUUUAAAACCAAAACUCACAAGAACAAAAAAAAUGAAAUAAGCAACUGGAACAAAAAGUACCUUUUCAAGAAACAAAAUUAUACUCGUGCAUCCAUACCUACAAUACAAAACAAAUGAAAGAAAAAUAAACGAAAAACAGAAACCAAAACUAAAAUCAACAUAACUCCUCUUAAUAUUUAGAUUGAAAAUUCCUCCAAUCCAAAAUAAAUUAAAAAGAAAAAAAAAAUAGCAAGAAUAUCUAAAUAAAUAUAAGUAUUUAAUUUUUAUUUAUGUUUUUAAUACAAAAACUGUUAUUACCCACCAUAUUUUUUUUUUCAAACAAAGUGAUUUCAAACCUUUAACCAUAGAAUAAAUUAUAAAACUGUUAUUUCUUCUUUAGAUGGAAUUUUUUUCUGUAACGAUUUGUUUAAAAAUCGAUAAAAAAAAACAAAUAGUAAAAUUGAAAAUAUACACACAUGCCGAAAAAUAUCCUUAUAAUACAUGAGCUGAAAGGUAGCAGCGGGGUAAUGCUUCUAAUUUUAUAGUUUAUUUUAUUUAUUUAUUUUUUCUAGUAAAAUCGAAAAUUUUGAAAAACAUAUUUUAAAGGGUAUUUUCCUUCGACAUUCACUUUUAUAUCUACCAUUGCCCUCUACCACAAUAUGUAUACGUGUUUGUUUAUUUUUCUGCUGGAUCGAAGUAAACCCCGGACCUUGGUUCUGCUCGAUUUGUCUGAAUGUCAUUCGCCACAAACGUAUUCCGGUGCGAUGUAAUGGAUGCAGAGAAUGGCUGAACUUCAGAAAUUGUUCCGGAUUAAGUCGGUUGCGAGACUACAGCGAAAGCGGUUAUAUUGCGAAGGGAUUAUAGUGCUACAGAAAUGUAGUUCAAAACGAAUUUACGUCUCCAUCCUCCGAUAAUCGUCUCCAUCCUCUCAACGCCGUACUUUCCUUAACCUUGGGAAUGCUUACUGUUCAGAAUUCAAGGAGUUCACCAACCUUCGCUUUAGAAAGCUGCUCAAGUUCGGAAGGUUGCAGAAAGACUUUAUGGAGACAUCAUUCAAGCUGCAUCCGCUCCUUAUAUAUCUGCUGGCAUAGGCAUCGACACUAGAAAAUUUACGUUAGGAUAUCUAUCGUUCCAAACCUACAAAUCCCAGAAUCAGUAAACUGACACUGGAAUUCCCCAGUUCUGAAUUGAAUAUGACACAAAAUAUGUGGACACUAGGCUUUUUUUUGUAUUGACUAGAUUUUGAAAUUCUAUAUCCUAUUAAAAUAAAGUAUUUCGGCCGCUAUUUUUUCAGAUCAUGUAUUAUAGAUUUAAAAUAGAAAUUAAAAACUGAAACAAAAAUUCCAAAGGAAAUAAAAAAAAUUUUGCGACAAAAGAUUACAAAAACGAAAUAAAACUAGGAAACAAAUACAAAACAAACAAACCGUUGAAACCCUCAUGUGAUAUCUUGAAAAAGAAACAAAAAAUAAAUAAACUAAACUAAAAAAAGAAAUAAAACACAAUUACAACAAAAUUGAACUGAAAAUGAAAUAUUUGAGAAAUAUUUUCAGGCAAACAAAACAUUUCUAAUUUUUUGUAGUAUUAAAUAAAAAUGAAAUUAACAAAAAGAAAACUGAACCUCAUUUUUAUGAAAAAAGAACAAUACUUUUGUUGUUAACUCAGCGAUUUUAAUUUUUAUUUUUUUUAUUAAAUGUUUAUUAUUUUUUUAUCUGUUAAACUAAACAAAAAACACACACUGUGGAAAAGAAAGAAAAUCAUAAUUCUUGUUUUGUUUUAAGAUUUUCGUAUGAAACUAUUUUUUUAUUAUUAUUAUUUAGUUAUUUUGGAAAUAAUUUUGUUUAGCCCAACUAACUUUUUUAUGAUUUUUCUCGAAUUAAUUUGUUUUCUUAAGUAUAACAAAAGAAAAAUAAGUAUUACAUAAGUUUUACUAUAUAUAUGCGUAUUGCAGUUUAAUCAUAGUGUUUAAAAUUAAUUAAAUUAACCAUUUGAACAGAACAGCUAAAGUAAACUGUUUUGUUGUAGUUUUAAACAACAAUUUUGUGCGUUAACUCGACUAAACAAUCAUUUCCGUCAAUCGCAUGGAAUAAUUGUCUUCGCAUCUUCGUGUUAUAUCGUACAUUUCGUAAAUUUACUCGCAUAUUGAACGUAAUCUCUAGAUGUUUAAGCUUGUAAUGCGAUUUCGAAACAGAAUUAACAACAACAACAUACACAUAUAAUAUACGAAUAAUAAAGCAUUUAAAUACUUAUUCCGAAAAACAACAGAAAAAUGAAAAAAAAAACUAAAUUUU